AUGUCUGAGGACUUACCAAAGAGGCUUUUUAAGGAGGGCGAGGAGCCCCGAGUGACUCAGAUCAACAACAACUCCAGGAUCGACUACAUUAUCCGAAAGUUCCAAGCGUGGCUGCCAAAGGAGUUGGAUGUUGUGAAGAAAGAUCCGGUUUUUCAUCAGAUUUUUAAGCUCCAUGAGAAUGGUCUUGGAUACUCUGCGAGGGUGAUACACAGCUUCUUGUGUAGGGAGCUGGUGACUUACUUACAGCACGAGCUUUGGUUUGUCUUUGCGAGGAGACCGCUUCGAUUCUCAUUGCAAGAGUUCCAUGCAGUAACCGGGUUUGAAUGCGAUACUCGUAUCUCGCUUGAGGAAUUCGAAGAGUGGAAAUAUGAUGGUGGUUUCUGGAGCAAAGUUUUGAGGAGAAAAGAUGGAACAAUUACACUCUUCAACCUGUGGACUAAGGACAAGGAAGCUGUUAAGAAGUGGAGGAAUGCAGAUCGCAUACGCCUUAUCUACUUGGCGAUCAUUCUUUGUGUGGUAUUAGCGAGAGAUGAGAAGGCUAAUAUCCCCCUUAAAUACAUCGCGGUGGUCAUGGAUCUUGACAGGGUUCGAAAGUAUCCUUGGGGACUUGCUGCUUAUGACCUUCUCUGCAAGUCAAUAGCCAAAAAUCGUGACCAACUGAAGGAAAAGACUACUAGUUAUGUCUUGGAUGGAUUCUCAUACGCCUUGCAGAUUUGGGCAAUGGAAGCGGUACCAAAGAUUGGGAAGCUUUGUGGAAAAAAGCUGGACAAGGGUUUCAAGAACGGUCCUAGAUGCAUAAACUGGAUGGGAGCUGCAAAGGUGUCAUAUGAGGAGAUCAUUCGGUUGGAGGAACUUAUUACACCCAAGACAUUUCGCAGAGAUGAUGUGGAGGAUGAUAGAAUCAAGGUUCUGAUGGAGUUGAUAAAGAAUGGUCAUGAUUUUAGUGAGAAUGCUUGGGAAACUGAAGAAAAUGAAGUGGUUUCUUUAUCUCUUGAUGACGAAUCAGCUGUCAAUGAUGAAGCAAGCGUGAAUGUUGAAGCAGCCGAGAGUGAUGACGACUUUCAGACUCCGAAAGGAUCAAAGAACGUUGGUUCUAGAUUAAAGAGGGGUAAGAAGAGGCUUUCGGAUCGUGGUAUGGAGAAGAGGAAACAUAAGGUUCUCGCAAGUGGCCCAAAGCAAGCUCCUUUUAAUGACGACAUGAAGGCUUUUGUGACGCAGUUGUUUGAACACAACUUCUCUGGAAUGGAACAAAUGCUACAGAAACAGAUGGCUGAGACAUUUGAGGAGAUGCGGGCAGAGCUUAAAGAUUCACGUAAGGAAGCAAGCGUUGAAGUUGAGCUUGGAGAGCCUUCACCGACAAAGCCAUCGACGAGCCAGGCACCGUUGAGGAGGUCCACACGCGGGGAUGGAUCCGAGACUACAUUCGAUGUGAAUUUUAGUGAAGCAGAUGAUAUGGGUCGCGGGAUAGGCUUUGAUCCAUCUCAGACCAAAAAAGAAGAAGACUGGUGGACUCCAAUGACUUCGGUCCGAGGUUCAGUGGAUAAUCCAGUAAAGAAAGAAAAGAUAGAGAUAAAUACAGCUCCACCGCCGUCACAGUGGGAGAAAUGGUGUAAAGGAAAAGCUACAAGAGUAGUAAGUGCUGGAAAAUGGCUUGGGAACGUGGAGAUGGAUGCGGUUAUGUUUAUAUGGCGUGUGAACACUACUUUGACUCGUUGGGCCCCUCGCCGUGUUGUUUUCAUGAGUGCUAUGUUCUGCCUCCAAGUCGACGCUGCAUACAAGAAGUUUUUACCAAACAAAAAAGCCUAUCAAUUGCCUGAUUUCCUUCUUGGGUACGGCAGAGGAGAGCUUCCAUCUCAUGGGCAGACUGAUCUAGUUUGGGGUGUUGAUGUUGAUCGACUCUACUUUCCUCUGUUUGUAAAUGGUAAUCACUGGAUUGGUGUCUGUGUAAACAUCAUUGAAAGAAAAGUGGAAGUCUUUGAUUGCGGUCGGGGAAAGAACAGACAAUACGUUGAGAAGUUUGCUGCUAUCAAUCCUAGGAUAGUGAAGGCCGUUGGACCACCAGAAAGACAGAAGCAGCUACUCCUCUCAUCAUAUUAUAUCGUGGAUGUGCCUAUGAAGUUGAGAUUGAACAAAACUUGUUGUGAUUGCGGUGCAUACGCUCUCAAGCACUUGGAAUGCUCGCUGCUUGGUCUCGACGUCAGUUUAGUGGAUGAUGAAAUCAUCAUGGGUUGCAGAUAG